CUGCGAUUCAUAACGGGCAACAGCAAAUCAAAAUAGUUUUGUUUUUUCAAAAAAUUUUCAACGUGAAGUAAAAGAUGUUAAGACUCUGGGCAUGCCUUUUGCUCUUGGGCUGCCUUACCCAGGCUGUGCCAUUUUAUGGAGGAGACUUUAUGCAACAUUUAACACGCCCAUUGCCGAUGCUUCAACAACGCACCUCGCUCUUUGCGCCCAUGCCAUUUGCACCGCUAGAACCAUUGCAUGCCCAGGCCUCGCAGCGCAUGGCCAGCUUUUGGCCAGCGGCUGCUCCCCCACCAUUGGCACCACAGCGUCUGCCCCUCACUAAUGCGCCACAAUUGUUGCCACCACUCUAUAGCGGUAGUUUUGGCAGCGAUAGCGGCGAUACGGAGUUCAUUCCCCUGGAACAGCAGCAGCAGCAACAUCAGCAAGGACGUCAAGUUCCUGCCACAGUGGCCGUGGCCCAAGCAGGACAACCUCUAGGUGGUUCAAGUGCCUCUGGCCUCGAGCAAAAGCCUUUCAAUGUCGAUGCCAUUACGACCGAUAUUAAUGCUCCCAAUCCAGCAGUAUUCUUCCAGCAAUCAUUCCCAUUCUUUGGCAAUGAGUUCUUCAAUUCGUUUGGCGGUUUUGGCAUUGGCAAUGCUCAGGAACCUUGGUGGAAGGGGCCCAAUGUGUGCACCGAAAAAGAAGAAAACGAAAGCACAUCUCCAGACGCUGAUGUUGAUGAAACCGUCGACACCUUUGGCCAAGAACGUGAUGGUAUUGGCAGUGUGGUUCGCUCGCCGCUGUUUGGCCAAUUCCAGUUCAGUGUGAACUCUUGCGCCGAGAAACCAAAUAAGCAUGUCUGCACCAAGAUCAUCAAUCAAAAUGGCAAAAAGAAGACUCUGACGCUAACACGCCAAUGUUGCCAUGGCUAUGGACGUCCCAGGAAUGCCGACUUUGCUACACCCUGUGAAAAGAUCGAAAUCAAGGAUAUUGAGGCGACAGCAGCUGACAUGGGUGCCAAGCAGUUCAUUGAAAGCGCUCGCAGUGCCGGACAAUUGUCCCAGAUGCUGGGCAAUAGCCAAAAGGUUACCCUAUUCUUGCCCAACGAUGCCGCCUUUGUGGAAUAUCGUGGGGGCCAGCAGCAGCAAGAGAAUAACGUCGAGGAUGCCAAAGCGGAAGCAUCGUCCACAUCGUCAUCCAAUACACCAUCAUCGAUUUACAAGCUUCAUGCAGUCCUUGGUGAAAUUCAGCUAGAAGAUGUGCCCAAUGAGAAACUCCUGCAAACUGAAUUGCCCGAUCAGAAGAUACGCAUCAAUAGCUAUCAGUUGCCACCUGCUUUGGGCUUGGAGCCAUAUCGAUAUGCCGCCAAUUGUGUGCCCAUUGAGAAGCAUGACAAGCUAUCCGAACAGGCCUUGGUCCAUACACUGAGCGGUGUGCUGAAACCUCUUACCAAGAAUGUCAUGGAUAUCAUUAGGGAGCGCGCUGAUUUGUCCAUCAUGCGUACCGUCUUGGAGAAGACCAAUAUUAGUGCCAUCCUCGAGUCUGCCGACAAGCCGGUAACCAUUUUUGUGCCCACUGACAAAGCAUUCGAUAAGCUGGAACCACAUCUACGACGUGCCCUGAAAGAAGGACGUGGCUGUGCCUCAAACAUUCUGAAGAAUCAUAUGCUGGAUUUGACAUUCUGCUCAUUGGCCACUGUGCCGGGGGCCAAGACAACAGCUUACAAUCUCUUGGGUGAAUCCCUCCUGCUCAAUCGUACACAAACUCCACAAAAUCAGACCGCCAUCUACAUUAAUAAUGUGGCGAAAAUCUUGGAUGCCGACAUUAUGGGAACGAAUGGUGUGAUCCAUGUGAUUGAUACCAUUUUGCCAACCGAAUCGGCUCUGCCAAUGACCACUCUGAUGUCCCAGAAGAAUUUGACAAUAUUCAAACAAUUGCUUGAGGCUUCCGGCUAUGACAAUCAGUUCGAUGAUCUGAAUAAUGUAACGAUCUUUGCUCCCACAGAUAAAAGCUUGCAGAACACAGAAUGGGCACGCAUUUUGAAGGAGCAGCCCGAGCAACUGCAUCAAAAUGCGGAUCUGUUGAAAUUCCUUAACUAUCAUGUGAUUAAGCCCAUGAUCAAGACCUGUGAUCUAUCGGAGCAGUCUCUGCCCACGGUGGAGGGCAGCAAAGUGCGUUUGAAUCUCUAUUCGACCCAUGCUCUCUUCUCCGAUGUUAUGAAUCGUGCCACCGUCAACUGUGCCCGUCUAGUGCACUUUGAUGACGAGAGUUGUGGUUCCGUUUUACAUCAGGUCGAUCGUCCACUCAGUCCACCCAAAAAUAAUCUCUUGAAAAUGCUGGAGGCUAAUCCCAACUAUAGCAAAUUCCUCGAUUUCGUUCGUGAAGCUAAUCUGACCCAAUUACUAACCAACGAUUCGCAUAGCUAUACCCUGUUGGUGCCCAAGAACGAUGUCUUCGAGGAGUUCAGCGAGUCGAGUGAAUCGUCCAAGAACCCAGCUCAGAGCCAAGCGGAAAAUGUGGCUCUUGUCAAGACUCACAUUGUGGAGGAUGUUGUCUGCUGUGCUGGCAUUAUUCCCACAAAUUGGCCAUUUGUCCGCUCCAUUGAGGCUAUUUCGGGACAACAUUUGCGCAUUACCCGCGAUCGUCGGCCCAAGAUCGAAAACUCUGGGGUCACCAAGUGUGAUGUGAUGGCCACCAAUGGCAUUCUUCAUGAGAUCAACGACAUCAUUGUGCCCAGACAGAAGCCGGCCCAGCGUCAGCAUCAAUUGCUGCCUCCAGUGGGCGGAAACUUUCAGCCACAGAGAGAUUUCGAUGUCUUCUUCUAAGGAAUCUAAGGCUAUGUGAUUCCUUCUCUCACUGAUUGUCAAUAUACAAAUAUAUAUAUAUAUUUAUAUUAAUUUUUAAACGAUUUGUCAAUGAUUGGUAACCAAUAUGCAUCUCUGAUAAAUACAAUAAAUAAGUAUUUAUAAAAAUAUAACAAAAUAUCUGUGAAACGAAUGUUCCAGAAGUAGAAAAUCUUUUUAAAUGAAUUUCAAUAUGAAUGGAAAUAGAGAAGAAAAAUCCAAAAGCCGAUUAGAUAACGACUUCUUA